AUGGCUUACAACCUUUCGGAAGCGCACAAGAUCCUCGUGUCGUCCUCGCUCAAGGAAUCUGACCCUGAAGUUUACGGUAUCAUUCAAGAUGAAAUUGACCGUCAAAAGCACUCGAUCGUUUUGAUUGCUUCGGAAAACUUCACCACCACUGCCGUUUUCGACGCUUUGGGGACCCCCAUGUGCAACAAGUACUCUGAGGGUUACCCUGGUGCUCGUUACUACGGUGGUAACGAAAACAUUGACCGUAUCGAAUUGCUUUGUCAAGAAAGAGCCUUGAAGGCUUUCCACUUGACCCCUGACAAGUGGGGUGUCAACGUCCAAACUCUUUCUGGCUCGCCUGCCAACUUGCAAGUGUACCAAGCCAUCAUGAAGCCCCACGACAGAUUGAUGGGUCUCGACUUGCCUCACGGUGGUCACUUGUCCCACGGUUACCAAACCGACACCAGAAAGAUCUCGGCUGUCUCAACUUACUUUGAAACCAUGCCUUACAGAGUUGACCUCGAAACCGGUUUGAUUGACUACGACAUGUUGGAAAAGACCGCUGUUCUUUACAGACCUAAGGUGUUGGUUGCCGGUACUUCGGCUUACUGCAGAUUGAUCGACUACAAGAGAAUGAGAGAAAUUGCCGACAAGGUCGGUGCCUACCUUGUCGUUGACAUGGCUCACAUCUCCGGUUUGAUUGCUGCUGGUGUGAUUCCCUCUCCUUUUGAAUAUGCUGAUAUCGUCACCACUACCACUCACAAGUCGUUGAGAGGUCCCAGAGGUGCUAUGAUCUUCUUCAGAAGAGGUGUGAGAUCUGUCAACCCCAAGACCGGCCAAGAAAUCAUGUAUGACCUCGAAAACCCCAUCAACUUUUCGGUAUUCCCCGGUCACCAAGGUGGCCCUCACAACCACACUAUCACUGCUCUUGCCACUGCUUUGAAGCAAGCUGCUACUCCUGAAUUCAAGGAAUACCAAGAACAAGUCUUGAAGAACGCCAAGGUUCUCGAACAAAAGUUCCAUGAAAAGGGCUACAAGUUGGUUUCUGACGGUACUGACUCGCACAUGGUGUUGGUUUCCCUCAAGGACAAGGGUAUCGAUGGUGCCAGAGUUGAAGCCGUGUGUGAAAAGAUUAACAUCGCUUUGAACAAGAACUCCAUUCCCGGUGACAAGUCUGCUCUUGUUCCCGGUGGUGUGAGAAUCGGUGCUCCUGCCAUGACCUCGAGAGGUUUGGGUGAAACCGACUUCGCCAAGAUUGUGGACUACAUUGACUUCGCUGUCAACUACGCUAAGGAUGUUCAGGCCAGCUUGCCUAAGGAAGCUAACAAGUUGAAGGACUUUAAGGCUAAGGUUCUCGGUGAAGAAGACCCUCGCUUGGUUCAAGUCAAGAAGGAAAUCUCGGAAUGGGCCGGUGCCUUUCCCCUUUCCGUCUAG